AUGCCCACCGACACAAAUCAGAGCCACGUUGCUGAACUCAUCAAACGACAGCAAUAUCAUGCAUUAUCGUUGGAGAGCCCACCUGGUACCCGAUUAUUGCAGUCAAAGACUUUACCACCCGACACUCCUUACCUCACAUUGAGUCAUAGAUGGGGUAGUUGGCCCAGCAUUCAGCUCUCCAGCACAACAUCAUUUCUACUAUGGGAAGACAUCUCUCGGCAUUUGUUACACACCCCAGGUGCAGCUGUGUUCAGGCAUGCUAUCCAAGUCACCAGAUCUCUCGGCUUUCGAUACCUGUGGAUUGAUGCAUUAUGCAUAAUGCAGGACAAUGAUAUCGAAAAGAUGCAGGAGAUCAUGCGUAUGGACGACAUUUACCUCAAUUGCGCUCUCAACAUAGCUGCCACAGAAGGUACUGUCGAUGGCUUAGUAUUUGACAGGAACGUGCACCAGUUCAAUCGAGAUUGGGAGACAGUACGACGCCCUAAUAAGCAAUCUAAUCUAUGUCUGAAAGCGUUUUGCGAUUGGUCAUACCCUCUUCAUAUAGGGGAGCUCAAUCGGCGUGGAUGGGUAUUCCAAGAGCGUUAUCUAGCACCAAGAAUUGUGCAUUUCACCAAGGAUCAGGUCUACUGGGAAUGUCGUUGUCUCUGGGCGAAUGAAAUCAUACCACCCGGGAGUCUUGAUGCUUACAGACGGAGGGAACCCAAGCCAAUCCCAUUCGAAAACUCUUCAACAUUAACCUACGAGCAAAAAGAUGCAGCACGAAUUCAGUGGUAUAAUCUGCUGGAGCUGUACUCGCGGACUCUGGUCACAUUUCCUAACGAUCGGUUACUAGCGAUCUCUGGAAUUGCGAAGAGAUACUGUAAACAUGCGGGACUAAAUCCCUCAGACUAUCUAGCUGGAAUGUGGAAGCUGGAUACGCCAUUGUCCCUAUUGUGGCAUGAACCAGGGAGCAAUCUUCCCCGACGGCCUGAAGCUAUUCCGUUGAAUGGCGAAGCAGCCGAUGCACCGACAUGGUCGUGGGCAUCCAUCCUCACUGACGCUGUGUUCGUCAUGAGAUUGUAUGCCUCCUUCCAAACACGAACUGAAGUUUUAGCGGUAAAAAUGUAUCGGUGCUCGCCGAACCCCUUCGGUGGGGCUAAAUCAUGUCCAUUGCGUCUCCGGGGCCCUAUGUGUAAAGUUCACAGGCAAAUCAUCCCUGGCCAACAAAUAUUUCAUAUCUGGAAUCACGAAAGGGAACCUGAGAUUCUGUUCACGGGGAGAAAUGAUGAUAUGGGAACAGGAGCUGAGGGUCGUUGUGUGGAAUGGGAUCGUUGCCGAAAAGUCGUCUGACGAUUCUUAGACAGUGACAGCAACGACGAUGGUAUUGCCACCUCCUCUUCUGAAUUCAUCUUGCUAUAUAUUGCCAGAUCAUCUUGGGGCGGUGGCCAAACUAUUCAUGGAAUUUUGCUCCAAAGAUUAGAGCUUCACGGAACGUUUCACAGAGUCGGGUAUUUCUACACUCCUUCCACAGACGACGUUGAGAAUGCGUUCAAUAGCAGGCUUGGACCACUGGCUCCCGAUGAUUUUUUUGAGAUUGAUGCCGAG